AUGCCGCAAUUGAAGAAGGCUCAAUCCACUGGUGGCAACAGUGACUCUCAAGGUCAUCGGGGGUCAUUUUCUCCUUCGGUCCAUCAUGUUGAUGCCACUCCUGUGGCCACUACAGCUCCUCCAUCAUACAACCUUACCGCAGCACAAUACCAGAGCUUCCUUGCUCUCCUCAAUCAAAACAAACCCACAAUUUUGGCUAAUCAUGUUAGCACUGCUUCCAGCACCAGCGAUCUCUCAGGUAACACCUUAUGUGCCUCUGCUUUCAUUAGUGGACUCAACUGGAUUUUUGAUACUGGUGCCACCGAUCACAUGGUUUGUUUGCCUAAGUUGUUGACUACAUGCACUCAAGUCUCUAAUCGUCAAGUGUACCUUCCUGAUCAUGCCCUUGUCAAUGACCGACGUUCGAGGAAGAUGAUUGGGACGGGAAUUGAGAGGGAAGGUCUCUACUAUCUUGAUACUGCGAAGACAGCUGGGUGCAAUUUCGUUUCAGCCCUUGUUCCUUCUUCUUCUCAACUUUGGCAUCAAUGCCUUGGAAUUUUACAUCACACUAGUUGUGUCUCCACUCCACAGCAAAAUGGAGUAGCCGAAAGAAAACACCGACAUCUUCUCAAUGUUGCCCAAGCUUUACUCUUCCAAGCCAAACUUCCUAAGAAAUUUUGGGGGGAUGCCAUACUCACUGCCACAUAUCUUAUCAACUGCACUCCUACACAAGUUCUUAAAGGAAAAACUCCCGACGAAAUCCUUUUUCGAAAACCCCCAGUCUAUGACCACUUGAGGGAUGUCAUCUUUCAUGAAACUACUUUCCAUUUUCCAUCUUCCGCUACCGACUCUUCUCUUGUCUUCCCAACUUCUCAUCCCACCCAUUUUGAUGAUGCCCCAACUCCUGGACUUAAUUCUCUUAGUUCACAGUUUCCAGUGCCUGACCUUGCGCUGGAAACACUUCCAGCGCCUGCCCCUAAGCUUCCAGCACCUCACCUUGCGCUUCCAGCAUCUGACUUUACCCUUCCAGCACCUGAUCUUGCACUUCCAGCACCUGAUCUUGUGCUUCCAGCACCUCCAUCUCCUCUUGCACUGGUGUCUCCACCACUGCCCCGACGUACCACCAGGCCCAGUUAUCUUCAGCAGUAUCAUGUCAACAUAAAAUUACCUGCCCGGUCUCUCCCAUCAUCUAACUCGGCGUCGAUUGAACCCUAA